AUGACUACCAACUCGACGACCCCCUCAACCACCACAAAUCCUCCGUCGCCGACGACGACAACGAUAAUAGAAACCCGCAUCCUCAAAGUUCCCCUCCCCAACCUCGCCUCCCUUAACGCAGAUGACUCCCCCUUAGGGAGAUGGCGUCGCAAGUCGGACGGGUCACGCGAUCUCUCUGUUUGGGAGGUCCCUUCUUCUCCCUCCUCAUCCAACCCCUCCCCCUCAGUCACCACGGCAGCCAACGGUAACCGCAAAAGCAUCAGAAACGAGGGAGACGUGUUAGCCCCCAUCCGCGAAGCAGCCCACGCCCUCCUCACCACACCCAUUCCUGUCGCCUUCCCCACCGAGACCGUCUACGGCCUCGGCGCCGACGCAACCCGCUCCGACGCCGUACGCGGCAUCUAUGCGGCCAAGGGCAGACCCAGCGAUAACCCUUUGAUCGUGCACGUCUGCGACCUGACUAUGCUGAGGCGCCUCCUCAAGCCGGAUUGGACCGAAGAAGAUCCAGACCCCAUCCCCCCGAUUUAUCAUCCCCUCAUCUCCAAGUUCUGGCCAGGCCCGCUGACCAUCCUUUUGCCGCUGCCGGAGCCGAGUCCCUUAGCGCCGGAGGUGACUGCUCAUCUCAGUACCUUUGGCGCCCGCCUCCCGGCUUCCCCGCUAGCCCGAUCGCUGAUCGCCCUGACAAACCGUCCGCUCGCCGCCCCGUCGGCUAACGCCUCCACCCGGCCGUCGCCUACCACCGCACAGCACGUGCGCGACGAUCUGGACGGCCGUAUCUCUCUCGUCCUAGACGGGGGGCCCUGUGAUGUGGGCGUUGAGUCGACCGUCGUGGAUGGACUGAGCACGCCCCCGGCGGUAUUGAGGCCGGGCGGUGUGGGAGUUGAGGAGAUCCGUGGGGUUGGGAAAGGUUGGGAGAGGGUUGUGCUAGCGUGGGGGGAGGUCGUCAAGGGCGUGCCGAGGGCGCCGGGGAUGAAGUAUAAGCAUUAUAGUCCUAAGGCGAGAGUUGUUUUGUUUGAGAGGGGGGCUGCACAGGGGACUAAGGGAAGGAUGAUUGAGGAAGAAGUUGGGAAGCUGAGGGAGGAGAAAACUGUGGGGAUUAUUAGAACAGGCGGAUGGGAGUUCGCAGGCGGUAGUCUCCAAGUAUCUGGGGAGAGGAGGGAGGUCAUUGGGGAGGGAGGGGUAGUCGUUGUGGAGGGGAAGACAAUUGUCCCAGGUAAAGAGGUCAAGCUACUAGAUGUGGACUUAGGCCAGGACGUGAAGGGCGUUGCGCAUGGGCUGUUUGCGGCACUGCGGGCGCUGGAUGGGCUCGGGGCGGAUGUGAUUUAUGUCGAGGGGGUUGAGGAUCGUGGAGAGGAUUUGGCAGCAGCGGUGAUGAAUCGGUUGAGGAAGGCUGCGUCAGAGAUUAGGGCAUAG